AUGAACUCUCUUCCACCCUCCCGCCGCCCAUCUCUGGCUCCGUCGGCUGGCUCACGCUCCUUCCAUCGCAGGGUCUCGGCCCUCUCCCUCUCGCAAGCCGAACAAGGAGACACGACCAACGUCAACCCCGAAGACCAGGUCGUCGCAGAUGAGAUUGAUGAGAUCAAGCGCUAUGAAGAUUUUACCACAAUAGACUGGGUCAGAGAUGCCGCCAGGGAACAACAGCGCCGCAAGGCCAAGCGACAGGAGCGAGCUAAAUUGGGUCAUCUGGAUUGGAGAAGGAGGCUAUGGGAGGCAUAUGAUGCUGGCCAGGCAUGGCUGGUUGUCACUCUGAUUGGCACUGCCAUUGGUCUGAACGCCGCCUUUUUGAACAUAAUCACCGAGUGGCUGUCUGAUAUCAAGCUGGGUCAUUGUACGACUGCUUUUUACUUGAACGAGAGCUUCUGCUGCUGGGGUGCCGAGGAAGGCUGCGCAGAAUGGCGGCCUUGGAGUUCACAUAUCAUCUUCCGCUAUCUAAUAUACAUCCUCUUCUCCGUAAGCUCUGUUCCUCGCUCCAACCUCUGCCACAAUCUGAUCGUGUACAAANNGACCAUCUUUGCCUUUACCUCCGCUCGACUCGUCAAAUCUUAUGCUCCUUACGCUGCCGGCUCUGGAAUCUCCGAGAUCAAAUGCAUCAUUGCAGGCUUCGUCAUGAAAGGCUUUCUCGGCUUCUGGACACUACUCAUCAAGUCCAUCGGUCUUCCUCUUGCUAUCGCUUCUGGCUUGUCGGUUGGAAAGGAGGGGCCCAGUGUCCACUACGCCGUAUGCACAGGUAAUGUCAUCUCUCGCUUCUUCGACAAGUAUCGCCGAAAUGCUGCAAAGACUCGAGAGAUUCUUAGUGCAUGCGCUGCUGCUGGUGUAGCCGUGGCUUUCGGAAGUCCUAUUGGAGGUGUCCUGUUCUCCCUCGAGGAAAUGUCAAACUACUUUCCUCUCAAGACGUUAUGGAGGAGUUACUUCUGUGCUCUGGUAGCAACAGCAGUGUUAUCUCUCGUCAUGUUCACCGUGAGCUACGAUCGACAAUGGCAUUUCUUCGAAAUCUUCUUUUACAUCAUCCUCGGCGUAUUCGGUGGUCUGUAUGGUGCCUUUGUCAUCAAGUGGAACCUCCGAAUGCAAGCUUUCCGAAAGCGCUACCUCGGCCAAUAUCCUAUCCUCGAAGCCACCAUACUCGCUGCCGCGACAGCUAUUCUAUGCUAUCCAAACAAGUUCUUGCGAAUCGACAUGACAGAGACCCUGCAAUACACUGGCUGCCCUUCUAACCACAAACAGNNUCGUCAAAAUCGCUGGACAUCCGUUCUUUCUCUGCUUAUCGCUACAGUCCUUCGCACGUUUCUCGUCAUCAUAUCUUACGGCUGCAAAGUACCUGCUGGUAUUUUUGUACCUUCAAUGGCUAUUGGCGCAUCUUUUGGUCGCAUGGUUGGUAUCUUGGUCCAAGCGAUGCAACAAGCAUUUCCCAACUCUGCCUUCUUCUCAGCCUGCCAGCCCGAUAUGCCUUGUAUCACGCCGGGCACGUAUGCUUUCUUGGGAGCUGCGGCUGCAUUGUCUGGCAUCAUGCACAUCACUGUGUCUGUUGUUGUCAUCAUGUUUGAGUUGACCGGAGCUCUUACUUACAUCUUACCAACCAUGGUCUGUUACGGACAAUCAUAUACACGUCGUGAUCAUGCUGACUCCUUGUCUAGNAUUGUUGUUGGUGUGACAAAAGCAGUUAGCGACCGCUUUGGAAAAGGAGGUAUUGCAGAUCGUAUGAUUUGGUUCAACGGCAUGCCAUUCCUCGACAACAAAGAGGACCACGCAUUUGGUGUACCUGUUUCCACAGCCAUGAUCAGCGAAUUGAAGGCAUUACCCGUCUCUGGACUGGAAGUUCGGGAUCUCGAAAAACUCCUAGACGACACGAAUUACUCUGGCUAUCCCAUCGUCGAAGACGCAACCUCAAUGAUGCUAGUCGGAUAUGUUGGCCGUACUGAGCUGCGCUAUGCCCUCGACCGAGCCAGGCGCGACCAAAUGGCAACACCACGCACAAAAUGUUUCUUCACUCCGGUCGCUGGGCACGUACCAGUUACGCCUUCGACACCAAAUCCAGCAGUUCACUUUGACUAUCUAAGCGCGUCAUCAAAUCAGUCGAGUGUGGACUUGAGCAAGUUCAUCGACGCAACCCCCAUCACAGUUCAUCCUCGUCUUCCACUGGAGACCGUCAUGGAACUGUUCAAGAAACUCGGACCUCGAGUCAUUCUCGUCGAGUAUCGUGGUAGACUUACUGGUCUUAUCACCGUCAAAGACUGCUUGAAAUAUCAAUUCCAGGCUGAAGCACACGAGAAUCCCAAAGAUGAUUCUGCCCUAAGAGAAGCACAGGAUCGGUUGUGGGAGAUCAUCAGGAAGACUGCUGGUUGGAUAAACAGUCGACUGUCAUUCUUGAAGCGACAGAGUCGUCAUGUUCGACUACCUUCCAAUUCUGAUGUAGGUAUCACGCCAACGAGCGAUACAUCGGCAGAAGGUCGAGCAGCGACAAGAGACGGCGACCUAGAAUUAGAGCACAGGACAUGA